AUGAGCUGGCAAAGCAGGGAGGUGGAUAAUGGAGAAGGUCCAAAAGAGUCCAAAAAAAAAGUGGUCCAAAAGCUGUCCAGGAGGGUGCUAAGGCUUCCUAGUGAUGCUACAGGGUUACAAAUGCGUUCCCCUUUCAAUACUACACUGAUAUUAACAGAGAAAUCACCUUGA